AUGGUCCACCUGCAGGCCUCCGAAGUGCAGCAGCUGCUCCAUAACAAGUUCGUGGUCAUCCUGGGCGACUCCGUCCAGAGGGCCGUGUACAAGGACCUGGUGCUCCUGCUGCAGAAGGACUGCCUGCUCACGACCAACCAGCUCAAGGCCAAGGGGGAGGAGACGUUCGAGAAGGACGAGCUGGUGGACGGAGGCCAGAUGGGCCCCAUGCACAACGGCGUCCAGUACCGGGAGGUCCGCCAGUUCUGCGCCGCCCACCACCUGGUGCGCUUCUACUUCCUCACGCGCGUGUACUCCAGCUACCUCGAGACCGUCCUGCAAGAGCUGCAGGGCAGCGAGCACGGCCCCCCGGACGUGGUCAUCAUGAACUCCUGCCUCUGGGACCUCUCCAGGUAUGGCCCGGACUCCUGGCGGAGCUACCGGGAGAACCUGGCGAGCCUGUUCCGGCGCCUGGGCCAGGUCCUGCCCGAGUCGUGCCUCCUGGUCUGGAACACGGCCAUGCCCGUGGGCAAGCAGAUCACUGCGGGCUUCCUGCCGCCCGACCACCGGCCCGGCGACGACUCCCUCAUCGUGCGCGUCAUCGAGGCCAACUUCUACAGCUCCGCCGAGGCCAAGAGGCACGGCUUCGACGUGCUGGACUUGCACUUCCACUUCCGCCACGCGGGCCAGCACCGGCAGCGCGAUGGAGUGCACUGGGACGAGCGCGCGCACCGCCACCUGUCGCAGCUGCUGCUGGCGCACGUGGCGGACGCCUGGGGGGUGGAGCUGCCCCGGCGCGACUGCCCCAGGCCGCCGUACCUGUGCGGUCCCCAGGAUGCUUACUUUUCCUCCGGCCCGUCUUUCCAGUCGGAUGAGUUUUCCUCCAACUACUUCCAUUCAGAUGUCCUCUUACCUGCCCAGAUGGGCUUUUCCUUUGAGGAUGACUUUAUGAUGGAUCCCCAGCCCCCCUGGGCCCCUUUCCCCUUACCCUACCUGCAGCGAGCCCCUGUGGUCCACAGGGGUGUCCCCCGCUAUGCACCGCGUGGCCCCUACGGGCCCUGGGGUCGGCAGCCCAGACCUUCCAGGAGGCGGGCCCAUUCCCGCCCACAGCCAAGGCCUCAGUAACCUGCCCGCGCGGCCUUUCUCCCCCUGAUGUCCGUGGACCGGACACAUCCCCCCGCCACCCGGAAAACAGACUGAUCCGGUUAACUCAAGCCCACAGUCCGUGCCUGGACUUCUUUUUGGUCUUUGCUCUCUGCGGUCGCUGAUAACGGCAGGG